AGGGUUGGGAUGUGUUUUGUUUAUGGAUGUGUCUAUUUUUGUAUGUCGUUUUCCACCUUUUCCCCGCAAUGGAUUUUUUUUCUCGUUCACUAUCCUUUCUAGUUGGUGGCGGUAAUGCACCAACAACAUUGAAUGCCAACCGCCCUUAAACCCCGUCGAAGAAGAAAAAGCGAGUUUGACAAAUCCCGGAACUAUCCGUGGAGUGUGAAAGUAGGAUAUUUCUCUAUAAUUUACAGUUUUGUCCAACAUUUUUUUAAAUCAUAGUGCAUACAUAGGCAUAACCUAUUUACAUCGAAUGUUAAACGGUAUGCGGGCUUCAUUUUGUGUACUUUAGAAAUUGACAACAUUGUCGUUAAAUGUGUUGAAGUUAACGUUACAGUCGUGGAUGUCUGACUAACGUAACGUUUCACUUCCAGAUUCAGUUCUGUAAUUCGAUUCAACGCCGCUUAAUCUCAUUAGCCUACUGCUCAUUUCGUUCUGAAAUCAACUAUUGAUACUUUUACAUAAUGAGAUAUUGCGCUUUAUUAUUAACAAUUUAUGCGCUGGUCUAAUCUCAAUGCUAGAGGGACAUACCGAGGUCGGACCAGGUAGACAGCCACCAUGGCUGCAGUGCAGGACUCUAUCUACAUGAAAUCCUCUGACCUUAUCAAAAAGGAGCCUCUGGACUACGGCGGCUUCGGUACCGUGUACCUGUGCUAUCACAAAACCCUCGGUCAGGUGGUUCUGAAGAGCGUCUACACCGGGCCACCACGCAAUGAGGGCAAUAAGCAGUCCCUGCUAGAAGAGGGCAGCCUGAUGACAAGACUGAACCAUGAGCGGGUGGUCAGGCUGCUGGGGGUGAUCCUGGAGGAUGGGGACUACUCUCUGGUCAUGGAGCUCCUCCCUAAAGGCAACCUGCUGGCCAUGCUGGACCAGGUUUCUGUGCCGAUAUCUAUCAAGGGCAGGAUCAUAUUGGAGAUUCUGGAGGGGAUGGUGUACCUGAUGAAGAACCGUGUCAUACACAAGGAUCUCAAACCAGAAAACAUACUGGUGGACAACGAUUUUCAUAUUAAGAUUGCAGACCUGGGCCUGGCCACCUGUCAGACGUGGAGCAGACUGACUAAGGAGGAGUCUCGCAGGCAGAGCCGGCUAGGACGUAUGGGGGCUGGAGGAGGGGGUGCCAGGGCAGCUGGUACUCUGUGCUACAUGGCUCCUGAGCACCUUGACAGCAUCCAUACACUCUCCUCUGAGAAGUCUGACAUCUAUAGCUUCGCUAUUGUCAUCUGGGUCAUCCUCACUGCCAGGGAGCCCUUUGAAAAUGCUCGGAGUGAGGACCAUAUCUGCCAGUGUGUCCGUAAAGGCGAUCGUCCGAAUGAAUACCUCAUCCCUGGUGAUACUCCUGUAGAGAUCAUAGAGCUAAUGAAGAGUUGCUGGCAUCAGGAUCCACAAUGGCGGCCAACAUUCAGAGAGGGCUACAACUUCUUCCUGCCCGUCUACAGGGAGAAGUUGGAGCCAGAUGUAGAAAGGGACUCACUUGGUCUCAGAGACUUGUACGAGGGGCCUGAGGAGCUGGUGGAGAAGAUGAAAUCUUUAUCGAUGCCUCCUGAGAGCCUUACAGCAGACCGGCCAGCUCCCUUGCUGAGCUCAGACAGUGCUGGGGCUGUCCGUAUAGAAGCUGGUCCAGUGGAGGCCAGCAUUGAGGACCUGAACCUCUUCCUUCCCUGUGAGCCAUCCCUAAUCCAGCCAGAUGCCCGGGCCCUCGGCCCCAUCAGCACCCCCUCGGGUAUGGAGCUCAAACUGGUCACCAGUUCGAGGUCAAACCUGGAGGUCAAAUUAGCCCAGGAGUACGAGUACCACAAAUUCGGCAGCUACUGCCGGAUGGACCAGCCGGACUUCAGCCCCUACCCUCACCCUGCCACCCCACAGCGCCUCUCCUCACAGGACCUCACUUCCACCAGAGGCCUCCCAGACCUCAGGCCCCCUCAGCCCCCAGUGUCCUCUGUCCAGUCUUGGACCAAAACCCAGGCCGUCCAGCCCAGCAGCGUGGAGGUGGACCCCCUCCUCCAUCUCUCUGACCUGUACGAGGCUACGGCCCCCUCCGGUACCACCACACCAAGACACCAGCUGUCAAGCCACAUCCCUGAGUCCACCAGCAGCCCAUCUCUGAGCCAUGGCAAGUACUCCCCCCAGCAGCAAUAUCCCUACGCCCAGUAUGACCGCCUCCAGUCCUGGCCAGCCUACCCAGUGCCAGAGUCAGCUGCCCCAGACCUCACUGCAGGGCUGCGCCUGAACUCAGGUGCCAAGGUUGGACUUUCACAAGACCCAGGCCUAUUUAUCCAGAAUGCCAGUGGGAUCCAGAUAGGCAGCAACAACACACUCAGCAUCAGGGGUCAUGAGUCAUACAGCAGCUCAGCCAGCUCUCUCUCCAACGGGCCCAACUCACUCUCUCUGCUCAAAGAAAACCUGCAGAUGUAUGAGGACCAGGCUGUGACGGAGGAGCACCUGGAUCUCCUGAGAGAUAACAUCGGGAAGGACUGGAAGCGCUGCGCCCGUCGUCUGGGACUGAGCGAGGUGGAGGUGGAGACCAUCGACCAUGACUACCAACGUGACGGGCUGCCUGAAAAGGUGCACCAGAUGCUGGAGCGCUGGAGGAUGAAGGAGGGCUGUGUGGGCUGCACCGUGGGCCGGCUCUGCAGAGCCCUGGAGAACUGUGUUAAAGUCGACCUGUUGAAGAGGCUUCUGCACUCCAGCGGGACCAACAGUUCUCUGUAGGUACAGUAGCCUGUAUCAACUGUAUUCAAUUCCCCCUACCCCUAUACCAGAGGGGUUACUAUUGACUCCAGCCCCCCACCCUCACCCUUACAUUCCUACCAACCAGUCUAACGUGUAAUGAUUGUGAGUUGAGUUGUUAGUAUUGACUUUGAACUACUUACUUACUGAAGGUAGUCUGGCUGUAAUUUUCUUGCCAUAUGAUUUGGAUAUGAGUGUAGCAGCCCAAAUACACCAUUCCAAUCUUUGGGAAAUCUGCAGUUGCUUCAUCCAUUUUUGGACUUAAGUUAACAAUAUAUACCCAUUUGAUUAUUGAAGGAAGAACUUAUAAAUGCCUCAUGAGUUUAGUUCAACUGUUGGGCCACAUCAGAGCCCUAUACUACAAAUCAGGUUUGAGGAGUUGGCGAGGCAACCUUGGUCAAAUCCUCGGGAUAAUCGGCAACAAAUUUUUAUCCUGAAUGAAGUGUCUGAGCCAAAAGUUGAGGAAUAAUUCAAUCAGAUACCCUCCAUGCAAAGCUUGUCAUCAUCCCCUCCAUUUGAGGAAGCCGACUGAUUUAAAUGUUUGUAUUAAUCAAAUGUUUUUGUGUGUAAAAAAAAAAAAAUCUUCAUGUUACACAUACAGUUGUAAUGGGGCGGCAGGGUAGUCUAGUGGUUAGAGCGUUGGACUAGUAACCGGAAGGUUGCAAGUUCAAACCCCUGCGUUAACAAGGUACAAAUCUGUCGUUCUGCCCCUGAACAGGCAGUUAACCCACUAUUCCUAGGCUGUCAUUGAAAAUAAGAAUUUGUUCUUAACUGACUUGCCUAGAUAAAUAAAGGUAAAAUAAAUAAAUAAAAUAAAAAAUGAUAGCAUCCGCUUUGCAAACUUGUGAUUGUAUUUUCACAUUUGCAACAGCCGCAACCACCAGUGCAUUCGGAAAGUAUUCAGAACCCUUGACUUUGUCCACAUUUUGUUACGUAGCCUAGUGGUUAGAGCAUUGGACUAGUAACCGGAAGGUUGCAAGUUCAAACCCCCGAGCUGACAAGGUACAAAUCUGUCGUUCUGCCCCUGAACCGGCAGUUAACCCACUGUUCUAAAAUAGAAAUAUAUCCUCACCAAUCUACACAUCACAUUUACAUUAGUAUUCAGACCCUUUACUGAGUAUUUUGUUGAAUCACCUUCACCAGCGAAUACAGCCUUGAGUCUUGUCGGGUAUGACACUACAAGCUUGGCACACCUCUAUUUGGGGAAUUUCUCCCAUUCUUCUCUGCAGAUCCUCUCAAGCUCUGUCAGGUUGGAUGGGUAGCGUCCCUGCACAGCUAUUUUCAGGUCUCUCCAGAGAUGUUUGAUCGGGUUCAAGUCCGGGCUCUGGCUCGGCCACUCAAGGACAUUCAGAGACUUGUCCCGAAGCCACUCCUGCAUUGUCUUGGCUUUGUGCUUAGGGUCGUUGUCCUGUUGGAAGGUGAACCUUCGCCCCAGUCUGAGGUCCUGAGCGCUCUGGAGCAGGUUUUCAUCAAGGAUCUCUUUGCUCCGUUCAUCUUUCACACGAUGCUUACUAGUCUCCCAGUCCCUGCCACUGAAAAACAUCCCCACAGCAUGAUGCUGCCACCACCAUACUUCACAGUAAGGUUGGUGCCAAGUUUCCUCCAGACGUGACACUUGGCAUUCAGGGCAAAUAGUUCAAUAUUGGUUACAUCAGAAUCUUGUUUCUCAUGGUCUAAGACCUUUAGGUGCCUUUUGGGGUGUCGUGUGCCUUUUACUGAGGAGUGGCUUCUGUCUGGCCACCUUACCAUAAAUGCCUGAUUGGUGGAAUGCUGGAUGGUUGUCCUUCUGGUUCUCCCAUCUCCACAAUCGGGUUCUUGUUCACCUCCCUGACCAAGAUCCUUCUUCCACGAUUUCUCAGUUUGGCCGGGCGGCCAGCUCUAGGUAGAGUCUUGGUGGUUCCAAACUUCUUCCAUUUAAGAAUGAUGGAGGUCACUGUGUUCUUGGGGACCUUCAAUGCUGCAGACAUAUUUUGGUAGCCUUCCCCAGAUCUGUGCCUCGACACAAUCUUGUCUCGGAGCUGUACGGACAAUUCCUUUGACCUCAUGGCUUGGUUUUUGCUCUGACCUGAACCGUCAACGGUGGGGCCUUAUGUAGACAGGUAUGUGCCUUUCCAAUUGAUUUUACCACAGGUGGACUCCAAUCAAGUGGCAGAAACAUCUCAAGGAUGAUAAUUGGAAACAGGAUGCACCUGAGCUCAAUUUCGAGUAUCAUAGCAAAGGGUCUGAAUACUUAUGGUAUUAAGGUAUUUCUGUUUUUUAUUUUGAUUAAAUUUUCGAAAAUAUAUCUAACUAUUUUCGCUUUGUCAUUAUGGGGCGUAAUGAGGAGAAAAUGUAUUCGAUCCAUUUUAGAAUAAGGCUGUAACGUAACAAAAUGUGGAAAAAGGGAAGGGGUCUGAAUACUUUCCGAAUACACUGUAUAUAUUCAUAUUUAUAAUAAAUAAUGAUUUAUAAUAACAAUCAGGAUUUUUGUGUCCAAUGUGGUAUGCAGAUGGAGAAAUGCUUCAUUUGCUUCAUCAUAUGUACAUAAUUUUAUAGCCCCUAUGCUGUGUCAGUUACAGUAGGCUACAGGUGAUUAUGCUUAUUGGCUAAUAGCACAUCUAAUAAAAUAGACCAUGUAUAGGCUAUGUGCAUGGUCCAUUAUGUUAAAAUAAUUUUUACCAAUAUGUUAUUUGGCCGGUUUCUAAAGGUGAAAAUGAUAUUUUAGAUGUUGCAGCAUAAUUUUAUUUUUGUAAAUUUUGGAGUAAAAUGUCCUUUUAAAAAGUUACCAGAACUGAGCUUUUCAUUCCUUCUACAUAAAAAAUAAUCCCAGGGAGGACUCCGAACCCCCUAAGCAAGGAGACUGGAAUUGGUUAAACUCACAGUUUACUAAAUGUAUCAAAUUAUCCCAUUUCCAUAAAAGCAUGGUCAUGCCUUUCUUACAUGAAAGGAGAGGUUAGACAAUCGAUCCGAGAUCGACGUAAGUUUCAGUCAUGGAAUUUAUACUUUUUUUUUUUUACCCCUGGAUAAGCACACAAAAGACGGCAUUAACGAUAAUAUAUCAAAUAAAGACUGCACUUCUAAAAGCCUAUUUCACACCAUAGCCUGCUGCAUUUGCUAAAUAACUUUUCUUUCAUUUAGAUUUCCACACAACAACAACAAAAAUGUGGUGCUGAUUCGCAUUGGAUGAAUGUUUCAGCAUUGUCUCAGUGAAGAGUUCGGCCUUUGACUAGACAUGUGUGACAUGCACACGCAGUUAAAGCCUGCUAGAGUUAAGCAGCAGGCAGACAAGCAAAAUCCACCAUCGUAGUACAGGCUGAGAUGGAAUGUGGAGCUAACUGAAGCUGGCUAGCUUUAUAAAAGUCUAGCUUGCGUCGUAAUUUACCACUCCGAACUCCGAAUAUUGGCUUGUUUUACUCCAAUGUUUGUAAACAAAGUAAAUGUAAGCAAACACUAUAUAGCCUCCAAACAUGGUUAAAACUAUAAUUUUGAUAUUGUGGAUGGUCAGUCCUUACAUCCAUAAGAACACAUUCCAAACCUGUCUCCGACACCCUCGUAAACUCCCAAUUUAAUUGACAGUGUCAUCUUCUUUACUUCCACUACCUGUCAGUCUUUCAAAAAGUUAAUCACUUGGAUAAAACAAGCCUUUGGACUGGAAACAUCUGCUGUGAACUCAGAGACACAUUUUGUGUCACACAGUACGUUCUAAAAAUCCAGUACACUCACAAUCAGAAAUAUGUUUUUAUUCAUAUUUUAUCUUAGUUGAUUUUAAUAUUUUUUUAUCAGCACCAAAGAAAAACGGAAGUGAACAUUUAAAAAUAAAUUAUAAUCCUUCCAGUAUAGUGAUCCUUGGUCUAGGCGAGCUACGUGGUGUGCAGUCAGUGCAUAUAGAAAUAUAAUUAACUCAUUCUAAUUCUAUGGCUGUGCAGCACCAACACACCCUGAUUCAACCAAUCAUUCGAUCAUCAACAUUCGAGACCUUGAUUAUUUAGGUCAGCAGUAGUUCAAAAGCACACCAUGUACAGUAGCUUUCCAAGAACAGAACAGAGAUGCAUGUUUCCUGUGGACAACAAACAUGUGACUUGUCCAGCAUAGACGUCGUUGCUCACCUGCUCUCCGCUAGAGGGCAGCAGAAUGUAUGUAUUCCUUGUCAGGUUUGUCUCAUAAUCAUGCGGAACCAGCCUCAUCGAAGGGCUCCAACCUUACACUAUUUAUCCCAUACAGCUGCCAGGCAGGAAUUUCCUCCUCCAUGCAUGACAAUUAGUUACCCCAGUGUACGGCAAAUGAAACAUGAAUGCAUAUGAAUUUGUUUGAGGCAAUUCCCUAUUUGACAGAUUAAAGGUCCGCUGAUAUUGAAACCUCUUGUCUCUAGGCUAGUUUAAAUGAACUAUUGUAGUGUUUUGUGAUACAAAACAGCAGUCAUGCACUGCAGGUCUAUUUUCCAUCAAAAUGUCUGCUCUUGGACAUGACCCUGAUUGUACGUCAAUGAAUGUGCUUUGGUGCGUGCUUGUAUGUUAUUUUGAUGCUUGGCAGUAGCAGUUAGUAGUGUGUGUGUGUGUGCAUGUGUGUGUGCACGCUUAAAUGUGUGUGUGUGUAUGCUCAUAUGUGGGUGAGAGAGGCAUCUCAAAAAGAGCUGGUGUUGUCACUUCACUGUGUUUUUAAAUAAAGUCUGUUUCAAGAGAA